UUCCUGCAGUCGUGAGCUGGUUGUUGUGCUUCAAGUUGGGAGACACACAGCUCUGCAGGGCUGUGACAUUAUCUGUUGCAGGUGAACGUUCAGCACGUUUCCUUUUUCCGCACAGGACAUGGCAACCAGCUCUUCCUCCCAAAGGAUUGGAGUUGUAGGAUAUGGACAUCUAGGGCAGUACCUGGUGGAGAGGAUCCUUAAAGAUGGAGCUGCUCUCGGUUUAACUCUGGCUUUCGUUUGGAACAGAAAUUCUGACAAGCUCAAAGGUGUAGUCCCUGAUGAACUCAUACUUGGUGACCUAUCAUCCUUUUCAGAAAGGCGGUGUGAUGUGAUUGUAGAAGUGUGCCAUCCAAAGAUUGUAAAAGAAUUUGGGUGUCACUUCCUGUCUCAAUGUCAUUUCAUGGUGGGCUCACCCUCGGCCCUCUCUGAUCCUGAGCUGAACCAGAAGCUGCGUCAGGCGGCUCAGCAGUAUGGAAGGACACUCUACGUCCCCAGUGGUGCAUUAUGGGGAGGCCAGGACAUUCAAAGGCUGAAUGACAGUGGGAACUUGAAGGCUUUGUUUAUAAGAAUGUCCAAGCACCCGUCCUGCUUCCGGCUGACAGGAGACGUCCUCUCUGACUGGACAGAGGAAGAGGGCAGGCGUGUUUUAUUCAGAGGCUCAGUGGCAGAGCUGUGCCCACUUGCUCCGAACAAUGUGAACACCAUGGCAGCGGCAGCAGUGGCAGCAGGAACACUUGGCUUUACUGGUGUUCAGGGAGAGAUUGUUUCCAACACAGCGUUAAGUGACUAUCACGUGGUGGAGGUUGAGGUGACUGGGCCUGGUGGCUUCUCAGUCAACACAGUGAGGCGUAAUCCAGCCAAACUUGGAGCUGUAACUGGCAGUGCAACAUAUAACUCCUUCUGGAAUAGUUUACUAGUUUGCAAAGGUCAUGGAGGACGAGUUUACUUGUGCUGAAGCUGAUGAGAACUCUGCUGAAUUAACAACAACACAGCAAGGAGAUCCAUAUAGAUCAGAUGGUUUAUGGUGGAUAAGUUGUGUGGAUGGUGUCACUGGAUCGGUGUGUUACUGUAAACUUUUUGUGAACUUAUGAUAUUUGUGUUCCAAUAAACUGCAUGCAUACAGAAGAAA